AAGAAAAGACCAGAGAGAGAGAGAGGAGAGACUGUCUGCGUAAUAGAGAAACAGAAAAGAAAAAGAGAACCAAAGGCAAGUCGUGUCGGCUUCGACCGAACAUUGACGAUAUAUAACACACACUCUUUAUUUAUAUUCAAUAGAGAGAGAAAUAGAGGCUACUGUUUAUGUAUAGUUUCCUUCUGUUCGAUCCAAUCUUAUAAAGCCGUCUAAUCUACUGAAUCCCCAAUUUAUUGCUGUUAUUGUUCUUGGAUCGUACGGAUUUUAGAGCUCUGGAACUGUGCUUCCAUAGAUUGACUUUGCUGCUCUGCUUUCUCUGAGGACUUUCUGGUUUUAUCAUGGCAUUUGCAACUUACAAUCAUAUGCCCAUUGGACAACCCCAUACAGGGGGAUGCAAUGAUGCUCUGUAUAAAGAACUAUGGCAUGCUUGUGCUGGACCUCUUGUCAACCUUCCUCGUGAAGGGGAGCGAGUUUAUUAUUUUCCACAAGGUCACAUGGAACAGCUUGAAGCUUCAAUGCAUCAAGGGUUGGAACCGCAGAUGCCUUCAUUCGAUCUUCCUUCAAAAAUUCUUUGUAAAGUGGUCAAUGUUCAGCGUAAGGCUGAACCUGAAACAGAUGAAGUUUAUGCACAGAUUACACUACUUCCUGAUCCAGAUCAAAGUGAGGUUACUAGCCCUGAUACUCCACUCCCUGAACCUGAAAGAUGCACAGUUCAUUCAUUUUGCAAGACACUUACUGCUUCAGACACGAGCACUCAUGGUGGUUUUUCUGUACUUCGAAGGCAUGCAGAUGAUUGUUUACCUCCACUGGAUAUGUCCCAACAGCCACCUUGGCAGGAACUAGUUGCCACUGAUCUGCACGGAAAUCAAUGGCAUUUCCGUCACAUUUUUCGGGGUCAACCUAGACGUCACUUACUCACAACUGGGUGGAGUGUCUUUGUUAGCUCAAAAAAGUUAGUGGCAGGAGAUGCAUUUAUCUUCUUGAGGGGAGAAAAUGGAGAACUUCGUGUUGGAGUAAGGAGGCUUAUGAGACAACAGACAAAUAUGCCAUCUUCUGUCAUAUCUAGCCAAAGCAUGCAUCUUGGGGUUCUCGCCACUGCUUCUCAUGCCAUUGCAACUGGAACUCUUUUUUCUGUCUUCUACAAGCCAAGAACAAGUCGAUCAGAGUUCAUUGUAAGCGUCAAUAAGUAUCUUGAAGCUCGGAGCCACAAGCUUUCUGUUGGGAUGAGGUUUAAGAUGAGAUUUGAGGGUGAGGAAGUUCCUGAGCGGAGGUUCAGUGGCACUAUUGUUGGUGUUGGGGAUAAUGUGUCAUCUGGAUGGGCUGAUUCAGAAUGGAGAUCCUUGAAGGUUCAAUGGGAUGAACCGUCUUCAAUCUUGCGCCCAGAUAGAGUAUCAUCGUGGGAAUUGGAGCCACUUGUUGCGACCACUCCUUCAAAUUCCCAACCUGUGCAAAGGAACAAGCGGGCUAGGCCAUCUGUUUUACCUUCAACACCAGACAUCUCUUCUCUUGGCAUGUGGAAACCCCAAACAGAAUCUACUGCUUUCUCAUAUGGGGACUUUCAACGUGGACGGGAUCUUUAUCCAUCACAUAAUUUCUCGACAUCUGCGAAGACCAACUAUCUUGGCUUCAGUGGCAAUAGUCCACUCUCUGGAGUUUCCCCCAACUCAUUGUAUCGGCCUAACCGAGUGGAAAGUGUUACAGAUUCUUUUGUCCCAGUCAUUGACAAAGAUUCUGGAGAGAGGCGACAAGGCAGUGGAAAUGGCUAUAGGCUUUUUGGGAUUCAACUUGUGGGGAACUCCAAUGCAGAAGAAACUUCACCGUUGAUUACUACAUCUGGAAUGGUUGGGGAUGAUCGUCCAGUUGUGUCUUUUGAUGCCGAGUCUGAUCAGCAUUCUGAGCCAUCUAAUAUUAAUCGGUCUGAAAUCCCUUCAAUAAGCUGUGAACCUGAGAAAUCAUGUCUGAGAUCUCCUCAGGAGUUGCAGAGUAGGCAAAUCAGAAGCUGCACGAAGGUUCACAUGCAAGGGAUUGCGGUUGGUAGAGCUGUUGAUUUGACACGGUUUGAAUGUUAUGAGGACCUGCUGAGGAAGCUGGAGGAGAUGUUUGAUAUUGAAGGUGAGCUCAGUGGAUUCUCAAAGAAGUGGCAAGUUGUCUACACUGAUGAUGAAGAUGAUAUGAUGAUGGUUGGAGAUGAUCCAUGGCAUGAGUUCUGCAGUAUGGUGAGGAAGAUUUUCAUAUAUACAUCAGAAGAAGUUAAGAGAUUAUCACCCAAGAGUAAACUUCCGGUCAACGAAGAGAUUAAAGCAGCCAAAGCUGAUGAUGACGUUGAUACAACGGUUAACAUGGAAGAUCGAUCCUCUAUCGUUGGUCCUGGGUGCUAAUAAUCCUAUGCCUCAUGAAUGGCGGUUAAGGGACAAGGAAAGGGAGUGUUGAAGGGAAAAAUAGAAAUGGUCAAGGUUUUGUUUAUAGUGCGUCCACAGGAAUACGGAAUGGCCAAUUACCCUUCCCAGACACGCAGCACUAAAGUACUGGUAAGAUGGGUUGGCAGCUGUUUGUUGAACAUGUCAUUUGUCGGGAGUGAGCCACUAUCUUAAAGAAUAGGUUUUGGGGUUUUAUUUUGUGUUACUUUGCAAGGGAAAUUGAUAGUGCUUGCUUGUUUGGAUUCAAGUAGGCCAAAGAGUUUGUCCAUUCCACCUCUUCUGUUCAGCAAAUGAAGAAUGGAGAACAUGCUGUUCCUCUUAUUUUAUCUUUUUUUUUUCCUCCUGCUUUUUCUUUUAAGUGUUCUGUUGUUCACACUAUGGCACAUCCUGCCUUUUUGUAUAUAAGUAUAUAAAUAGUGCUAUCACUUUUACGCC